AAAUGCCUGCAGUUUCAACUCGAGCACACGGUGUGGCAGGCCAAACAGAGAGUGCUUGCAUCUUUUGCUAAGGAUCUGCGCGACCCUUUAAACUACGGACUGUACCUGCCGCCUGCCAAUGGAAGGGCAGGGAAAUUUAUGGAAGAGGAAAGACUGUUGAGUGAAUACCCAAUACAGGGACCAAUAGGAUUUCUGGAGUUCAAGUACAAGAGGCGUGUUUACAAAUUGAUGCUGGUAAAUGAGAGAAAGAUGAAACAGAUUCACUCUAAGACCAAACUGAAAACGUUUAUGGAGCUGGUUCGUAAUGGAAACACCCAGAAGCUCAACAAACUGACCUUGAAGGGGCUAGACCCCAACUUUCAUGACCAGGACAAUGGAGAAACUCCACUGACUGUAGCUGUGACCUUGGGGAGGUCAAAAUGUCGUGAGGUCAUCAUUGGUCUAGUCAGCGGAGGAGCUCACCUUGACUACAGAAAUAGACAGGGGAUGACGGCGCUGCACCGGGCAGCCAUUGUUGGAAACGCCGAGGCAAUCAGGACCAUGUUGGACCUCGGUGCCUCCCCCAACUGCAAAGAUGCCCGUGACUUAACUCCCCUCUACUACAGCGUUUCCAACGAUGAUGCUCUUCAGGAGUGUACGUAUAUGCUGCUGCAUGAAAGAGCUCGUAUCGGAGUUUGUGAUGAGCAGGGCUGGUACGAAAUACAUCAGGCCUGUAAGUAUGGUCGAGUCCAACAUCUGGAGCACCUGGUAUUCUACGGAGCAGACAUGGAUGUCAGAAACUCUUGUGGCAACACUCCCUUGCACAUCUGUGCUCUCAACAAUCAAGAGGCUUGUACACGUCUGCUGCUGUUUCGUGGUGCUGAUGUCACUUUGUGCAACUACAACAACCAGACGGCAAGCCAGGUGGCAGCCUUGGCAGGAAACUCCACGAUUGCUGCCAUGAUUAAUGCUCACAAUCCAGAUGAUGUGGUUCCAUACAGAGAGAUCCCUCAGUACAGUGAUCGCAGAAAAGGCGCAUCACUGACUCCAUCUCUAAGAGCAUUACUGAGAAGCCGCAGUGAUCCUCGGAUAAAUGUGGUUGGUCUAGAUAGUCGGUCCACAUCCACAGCCUCGUCUCCUUUUGGUGGAGUGGUCCGCCAUCGCCGCAUGGGAGCUGACUCUGAUUCGGCUUGUUCCAUUAGUGUGGCCAGCUCCGGAUCUGUUACCGGAGUGACAGACCAUGGCAUGUACGAAGGCAGGACAAUGACUGGUCGAGAGGGUUACUUCCCAGGUGGUCAUUUAUCUGAAGUCAACAUUCGCAGAGCUGGCUCAAUGGGAGAUGUCAACAUGGUCACAAGGGCAACUACUCAACGCAACACCCUGGCACCUCUAGUCAACGUGAAAAG